CACGCCCACUCCGUGCUAUAAUUCUAGGAAGCGCGUAAGUCACGUAUAAGUUUUCGCCGAACCGCAACGGAGACAGACGUACGAGACACCUGUUAUUUAAAGUGAACACCCGGCUCAUAUAACAAACAAGAACCGACUCAGAUUCGUUUCAUUCGCGGUUGCAUUUUAUCCUUGCAACGGAUGAGAGUCGGAUCCCAACUCGCCAUAUCAAAGAACCGACUCGGAGAGUCGAGUUAAAAACUUACACAAGUCAUAAUCUUCUAGAUCACUUUGUUGAAGCCAUGUGGACAACUAUGCUGGGGCUGACUGCCCUACCACAUGUUGGUGGGAUCUGUGGGGGUUUAAUCACAAGAAGCCAGAUAAAGACGUGGUACGCCUCUCUUAACAAACCGUCAUGGAGACCACCCAAUUCGGCUUUUGGGAUAGUAUGGACAACUUUAUACACUGGCAUGGGGUACGGUUCAUAUCUGGUGUAUAAGGAGCUGGGAGGCUUUACAGAAGAUGCUGUGGUCCCACUGGGACUCUAUGGCCUGCAGCUGGCACUGAACUGGGCCUGGACCCCUAUCUUUUUUGGGGCACACAAGAUCAAAUUGGCACUCAUUGAGCUUGUGGUGCUGACAGGGACCGUGGCUGCCACUAUGGUGUCCUGGUAUCCAGUGAACCGCACUGCCUUUCUCCUCAUGACUCCAUACAUGGCUUGGCUCUGCUUGGCCACCUCACUCAACUAUUGUAUAUGGAGGGACAACCCUGAGACUAAAACAGACUAGAGAGGACAAAAAUGUACUUAACUUGCACUAUUAGGCGCAAUAUGACCUUAUGGCCAUUGUCUGUAACCAUAAUCUAAUGAAUAUAUGAAUGAAAAUCAGCAGCUAUAUACUAACAUUUAGCUUACAUCUCUGAUGACUUUGAAAAAGUUCUAUAUUUUAGCAAGCUAAUAGAAAUGUGUAAUUCCUCUGCUAAUUCUGUUUCUGAUUUUUGGCCAGUAAAAAAAAUACUUAAUUCACCCACACAACUGUUGCCCUGUGUCUGCCCUCAAUGAACAUUUGAACAAAUAAAUGACUUUCUAUUUUGCUUGAAUUAUUAAA